AUGAUAUUCAACGUAUCUCUGGCUUGCCAAGUGUUUAGUUCUGAUCAUUUGUCCAUUAUUUCUGAAGCAAGAAAUGCUCCUGCAAUUACUCCAACUGAGGUAGUCCUCUUUAGACAAACAGAUGAGGUAGAAGACGCUGCUCAUAAACUGAGAUCAAAGCAGUCCCCGCCCCAUCUGCGGUUUCCUGGCCCGCCCACUCACCCGCACCACCUGGAGCCGGUCCCUCCCACCCCUCCUCAUCAUCCAGAGCACAGGGUUCAACCCCUACCCAGAGAGAGAACCCCUUUCAAUUCAUCAGACUACCCGGAGAAUGAGAUCCUCGCUACAGAUUCACUGUAUGGAAGCAGUCUAGAGAUACCAAACCUGGGAUAUGCUUUCAAAACCAAACAAUCCAAUAGCCAAACCAAACAAGUCAACAAGCAAGCCAAACAAGUCAAUCAUCAAACCUUCUCCUUCGGUAGAAACACCACAGCACCAUCUGGUUUAAGACAAUGUCAAAACAACAAAUAUUUUUCAAUCAAAGGAGUGGACAAUGUAGAAAAUCUACGAAACCUUUCUGGUCUACGGUACAAUGUUGGAGGAGCGAAUCCGAGAAACGAGAAAUAUUUCUCAGUGGAUUCUAGCUUUCUCAACAAUCCUGGGGUUAGAGAUAGACUACGGGAAACUGAUGCAAGAUCAAGGAAUGAUCUCUACUACUGUCAGGAUCGGAGUUUGGAUCAAAACUUGAUAAACAAUUCAUCUUCUAAACCGUUUCUUCAAGCCAACCUUAAUCUACAAUCAUCGAAUUUAAAGCAACAGAAUAAUAAUUAUCCAGGUUUAGAAGAAUGGAACACACAACUCCAGGCUUACACUGCCUGGGUCAACUCACAGCUCAGGAAGUAUCCAGGAGCAAGAUUAGUUCAGGAUUUGAAAUCUGAUCUUCGAUCUGGGAAAGUGAUUGCUCAGUUGCUAAAUGUUUUAAGUGGUGAAAGGCUGGAGGGUCUGGAUUAUGAUGAUAUUAGUGAAGAGGGACUUGAGAUGAAUAUGAAGAUUAUUCUACAGUUAAUGAAAAAGAAGAAUAUAAAUGUAAACAAUAUUGACGCAAGGGACCUUGUGUCUGGUAACCUGAAGUCUGUGAUGAGGUUGAUCCUGGGUUUAGCAGCUCAUUAUAAACCACAAAGUGUUAAACAUCAUGUGGAUCAGACGAGUUUAAACACGAGCAGGACGGAUGAUGCUGAGAUGAGAAGUAUCCAGGAGAAGGUAGAACCAAGGAGGACGGAGAACAUCGAACCCAGCUCUAGGGUUAGCAUAGAGACACAAACCAUUGGGAUUCUCAGAUCUGAGAAAACAGGUUCAAAAGACUCGCCACCGUUGUCGAUGUCUCCGGAUACUUCUGGUUCUAUGAACGAAAGUUUUAAUCGAGCUGGUUCAGGCCGGAAACUGCCUUUAGUUCCGAGUAAAUCAAAUACCUUACCAUCUAAAAAAACUGAAAAGAAAUCUCCGGGAAAUGAAGAUAAGGAGGUCACUUACCAUCCAAUGAACAAUGGUAAAAGUAAACCAGCGGCUCUAAGAUUCUGGGAGACAAUGGAGACUGAUAAACUGGAUUUUAAAUACAACACGAUACACCGGAUGUCCGGAAACCGGCGAAUUCUUCCGCAGCCACCGGAGAAAUCUCUGAGAUCAAAAUCCGUGGAACGUGACCACAAAAUGGCCGCUCAUUCCAGUUUUGAAGAGAGUCCGCGGGAAUCUUUUGAUACUUCUCCAAGGAUGUCCCGAGGAUCAACCAGAAGUUCAGGAGGUUCAGGAGAAAGUAAUUUCUUUUCACGACCGGGCAAAAUCCCCCCAGACGGCGCUAGCUUGCAGAGUGAAGGAAGCGAACUUGAGAAUCAAAGAACUGUCGAAGGAUUUGGAGAUGGGAAAAUCCGCGAGUUUGAGGAGAGAAGAGAUGGGGAGGGAAGUUCGGACAAUAAUUCUCCAACAACUAGUUUGAUUAAAGGGAAACCAAAAAUAUAUGAUUGGAUGAAAGGUGAACUAGAAACUGGAAGGAAAAAAUGGGCGGUUCCUUCCUCCCCCAGCCUUCCCUCCCCUUCCCCCAACCCCUCCUCUUCCCUCCUCUCCCUCAGCACCCCGGCGAAGAAUGAGGAGGAACUACCUUAUUCUUUCAUUGAAGCUGAACUUGCUCAUGCUAAACAACAACUGCAAGAGCUCUAUAAUGUGUUGAAUACCCCUAGUGGGGAGUUGAUUAACAAUAAAUUACAACUGGAUAGUGGAAUAUUCUUCAGUAUGCAUAAUCAGGCUGUAUUUGACCGGCCUGGCUAUUACAGGUUUUAUACUAAGAAUAUGGAUAAAGAAUACGGAAUGGUUAAGGAGGAGGUUUGA